AUGUCUGCCUUACCUCACUACUUGAUCUUCAACCCAACCUAUGGAAUUCUAGCAUGCCAAAUCCAUAAAAUUGCUCUCCAUCCAACUAAAAUAAAUGAUCAUGUGACUAAGGAUCAUCAUGGCAACCUGCUAGAUCUAGCUUCUAUUAGGGUCCUAACCCUACAGGCUAGUUUGGAAGCAAUUCGCCUAAUUGAGCCAAUUCAACCUCUGGAAUAUCUCUUGCCACCUAGGCCAGGUUUUCAAUGCAAAAAAUGUGGCAAUUUAAAGCUUAGUCAGCAAAAUAUAAGGAUUCAUAUUCGUCAACAACACCAGAUUAAGGGUUAUUCAAGCCAGGAUAUUCAGGCAACCAACUGCCUAAUUCAAACCCUAGAUGGUGAUAGCUAUAUAUUUUUAGUUAUAUCACCUGACCAACCUAUUCACCCAAGCCUAACCCUAAAGCGGUCACGCCCUGAUUCAAUUAGUCAGACACAACCUCAGGCACGCCCUAGGGUUCAGGCAUCUCCAGGCAUUAAUGCAACCCAAUUAGCUACCCAGCUCCAGGAGGGGUUUUCAUCCAAAAUUAAUGCUAUUCGUGCUGAGCGAAUUAUUUUGGCUAGUGGGUCAACUUAUGAAGCAAAUAGCUUCCAUCUCCACUCGCAAUACCCCACCUUCCUAAACAGGAAGGAUUCUGCUAUUCUAGAACAAUUAUUUCUUCUAGAACCCUACCAGAAUGAAUUCCUUUCUGCUGUAACCCACCGCCUGCUUGUUUUAGGUCAACUUUCUAUGGCUAGGACCUCAAUUCCAGCCCUAAUGGCCUUAAAUUCUUUCAGCCAAGACCAACUAGCUAUUCGUCCAAUGAGAAGGCUUCAAAAUCCAGAAAGUUUAAAAAAAUAUGGCCUUAUUUUUCGGGCAUUCAUUAUUUUUUUGAUCCAGACCUUCCAGCAUCAGUUGCCUGGGGCAACUAACCCUAAAUCUAAUCUUUAUAGAUUAGAUGGAGCAGAUAUGGACUUAUUAAGCAACUUGACCGCCUUCCUGAAUGAGAUACCAGCACCUGAAAAUAUGGCAGAAUUAACCCCUAACCCUAGGGCAUGGGAUGACUGCCUAGAUAAUUCUGAUUCUGAGUCAGAUGAUGAUCACUAUCUACCAACCCUACUAGACAGUGAAUGGAAGCCUAAAUUCAGCAAGGUAUUAGUCAUGAAGGGGUUAGGGUUAGUAGUUGAAUUAGUCAUGCAACUACUCAGGCAGCAAACAACUCAACCAACCCAAACCCCAUUAUAUGCCUUUUUCGCCUGUUUUUCACGUGACUAUGCACGUGACUGCUUUAAACCAGUUGGUCAGAUUAGUCAGCUUUAUUCUGCCAUGAUUAAAUGCCACCAAUUCACCAUCCUAUAUUGGUUUCAUGCUGAAAUUCUGCCAACUGACCCUGACCGCUUUGAAUAUGAGAUGCGCCCAUUUUUUCAAGAUCUUAUGACUAAUUACCUCACCGCCCAAUCAGAGUCUCCAUUAGGGCAUGUCUUAGGGCUUCGGAAUCUAGCCCUAUAUCUAGUUCGGAUGGAUUCAGCCCUAGGUGAAGUCAGCCUGGUUGCCCCAGAAACCUUGCGAUUUCGGGAUAUUACAGUUAGCAAAACAAACCUGACCGCCUUCCUAAUUCAGUCAAUUCAGGAACUUGCCCACCAGCUAUCCAAUGACCUGUUUUUAGGGUUUUCAAACUUUUUAAGCUUCCAAGCUAACCCCAUGACCUUAGGGUUAGCCUCACAAUAUGAAUCCUUUAGUAAUACUACUAAUAAUUUUGGGAUUCAGGCUAACCCCAUGGGUUUAGGGUUAGCUCAGUUUUUGGUCAAGCUAGCCCUGGCAGACCCUGAAUGGCUGGAUCUACCAAAUUCUACCAUUAAUUAUGCACGGGCCAACCAAUAUUUAGCAACCUCAGGCACCUUCUUGAAGACCCUAUUAGCGGUGAUCUGGCGCAAUUCAACUACUACCCCCCGAAAUAUAUAUCUGGAUCCAGCAAGUCAAUUAUUCCUAAUUUGGCUAGGCUAUUCAAAAACCUUUUCAAUGACUGGCCUAACUGCUGAGGCAAUUAGGGUUUUACCCCAAUCUCUUUCCUAUUUUGUACUAGUCUAUUUACUAGUCAUUCGACCUUUUGAAGAAUUCCUGAUACUAUCAAUCAACCAACAACUGCCUCCUAAUGAUUAUUUGCUAUUUUUAGAUUGGAAAUCUUCUCAUCCAAUCUCAUCCCGAACCUUAUCCAGAACCCUAGGAUUGCUGAGUCAUCGGUUACUAGGGCAACGAAUUACAAUUAGUCCCUGGAGACACCUGACUAAGGCAUUUAUUUGUCAUGGUCUAAAAAUAGACCCCCUAGCCUAUUUUGGCAGUGAAGAGGAUGAAUUUGACCUGGAGACCUUAGGCGCUAAACAAAUGCAUCACUCAAGGUCACGUGGUCAGCUAACCUAUGGCCGUAUGGAAACCAGCUUCCUAGGGGUAGCCCCAGAUACCCAAAAUGCACUAGUGGAUUUUAGUCAGCGUUGGCAUGCCUAUUUAGGCCUAGCGCCUGAUCAGCUAAUCUUAGGGUCCUUGUUUUACCCUAGAUCUAGCUUCCAACCCCAACUACAACCCCAAUUGCAACCCCAAUUGCAACCCCAACCAGAUAUCCGAAUUCCAAUGCCUUUGGCAGAACCCCUGGUCAAGUUUAGGGUUACUAGGCGGUCAGACCAUGAACUACCCCAAAACCCUAUUUCUAUUGGGGAAUUCCAUGAAUUCAUGUCAUUAUAUGGUUCAAAUUUCACGCCUAGCCUAGAUAGGCAGGAGUCAGGUGAUGAAUUUGAUGAAUUCCAGCUAUCUAGGAAGGAUUCACUACCUAACCCUGACCACCUGCCUAUUCUAUCCCUAGGGGUUUUGGAUAGGGUCCUGCAGGAUUUCUUCCAGGAUAAUUCUGCCACUUUUCGGUCACCUAAGCAACGGGAGGCCUUUCAUCUAAUCAUGACUAAGCCAUCAUAUUGCUUUAUUGUUCUACCUACUGCUGCUGGUAAAACAACACUAUUCCUAAUUGGGGCUAGCUUGGCAACUAGUCAUACUACCAUUAUCAUUUCACCACUGAUAUCACUAAAAUUGGACCUCCAAACCAAAGCAACUGCCUUAGGCCUCCAACCAAUCCUAUGGGAUGUGUCAUGUGAUAUGAUGUCAUCAAACCUGGUUCUUAUUCAAAUUGAGCAUGUGGUUGACCCCAAAUUCCUAGGGCAGGUUCAAACCCUAAUCCAACAACAUAAAUUGGAUCGAAUUAUUUGGGAUGAAUGUCACAUGAUCCCAUUAAGUCAGCAUUUUCGUCCAAUUAUGCAUAGGGUUAAGCAGGUUAUGCAGUUGCCAGUUGCUAUGGUAUUUAGUACUGCCACCCUAUCUAGCCCUAUUCGGCAGGCGGUGAUGGAUAUGUUUGAAUUACGUCAAUUUUUUGGGGUUAUUCCAAGCAUCCAGGAUGACCUAACCCUAAAAAAUAUAGAAUAUGGGGUUAUUGAAAUUCCAAAAACCCUAAACCCUACUAAAACCCCUGGUUUUCUGCUAGACUUUAUUCACCGCUUUGAAGCAACCCGCCAUGACCAGUUGCCUCAGGCAGCUACUAUUAUUAUCUUCUUUCUAUCUAAAAGUAGCCUGAGGCAGUUUUAUGAGGCAUUUAGGGUUAAAAUUCCAGCCCUAGCUUGUUUCCAUGGGGAUAUGUCAGAUGCAAUAAAGCUGGCAGAAUUGGCCAAAUUCAAAAGCGGUGAAGCACGGAUCCUACUAGCAACCCCUGGGGUAGGGGCUGGAUUUGACUUUGAUCACGUGGAUCUAAUUAUUCACUACCAGGGGUCAUAUUCAUUCUCGGAUUUUAUGCAAGAAUCUGGGCGGGCUGGGCGGAAUCCUAGGCGGUCAGCAUGGUCAUACUGCCUAGUUCGGUCAUAUGACAGGCAGAAUCGAGUGAAUGACUCAGCUAACCGCCUGGAGUUUCGGAAAUAUUUGAAUGAGCAAAUAUGUCGCCGGCGGCCAAUCUCUAGGAACUUUGCCCUCAGCCCUAUUGAGUCAUGUGAUCCUAGCUGGGCCCAAUGUGAUCUAUGUCAGUCACGGGAUAGCCAGUCUAACCCUAUUCGGCAGGCGGUCAAGCAAUAUUAUCAAACAGCUGCCCAGCAAAUUGAAUUCCUAGGAAGGGUGGUUAAAUUAUGGCAGGAAAGUUACUGUCUAGUUUGCUUUUUAAAAUGGGAUAGAUCUAAAUUACUAGAUCCUUCUAUAUCUACUAGGAUUUUUGCCCAUUUAUUUGAAAAUUGCCCUGAAAAUGCUACUUGGGUAAUUCAACUUGAGCAAUUUAGGGCUUCUUUGGGUAACCCUAUUCCAGAUACAUGCUGUUUUAGGUGUUUUCUACCUACUAAGGUUUGUAAGGGUCCUAAUGAAAGUAAUAAAGGUCUCACAUGCCUAGCACCUGACCUAGUUGCAUUAUUAUGGAUCCUAACAAAGCAGAAUUUAGAUCAAAUUCAUGCAAACCCUACUAAAUAUUGGAGGGUUGAAAUUCUGCCUGAAAAUCUAGGCAACCAGACCUUCCUAAAAUAGAAAUGGGAUCUAGAUACUGAAAUUACUGAAGGAGCCCUUUAUUUCUACUACUUUUUUCUAAAUAUAUCUAAAUUACAGCCAAAAAUUAUACAG